CGGGCCAUGGUAGCCAUGGGUCAGGGUCGAGCGCGUCCGCGUGCGCGGCAGCAGCUGCAGCAGCUGCUGCUGCUGGCCAUCUGCUGCAGCAGCGGAUUCGGGUUGGGCGUCACCACCCCAGACGCUCAAGUGACCACAAUCACUCCAGGAGUCGACGUGACUACACCGGAGUUGGCCAACGUCACAACGACUCUAGACAGCGCCACCACAACGGGGGGAGCACGUCCGACUACAGCGGCUGCCCCUACCACACUUCAGCCAUCACUGCCUAUCGCAGGAAGCACAGAAGGCGGGACGACCGCAACGGCGGACGCACCAAGCGCUACCAGCGACGCCCCAGGAGGCCUUGGAGGAAUCUCUGGUGGCCAGGACGGCCUGAUAGACACUACCCUAACCAACGCUGUGCCAACCAGCAACGGUGGCCUGGAGGAUCUGCUGAACAGUACUGAAACUAUCGCCAUUCCAACCAGUGGCGGCGGCCUGGCGGACCUGCUGAACAUCACACAAAGCACCACCGCUACAACCACUGACGCCGAGACUGACGGCAGGACUCCAAACAAGGGGCAGCGGAAGCGCACGACUCGCGAGAUCACCGACACCACGAGUGUGACGACAACCAACGCCACCGAGAGCACGGCAGUGACGACUACGGCUGCGCCGCCAACGUCUCGCCAGACGACUGCGGCCGACAACCCACCUGCUGCACCAGUAACUAAUGGCACCACGGCCACGGCGCAAGCCACCAACGGAACCACAACCACCGCACAAGCCACCAACGGAACCACAACCACCGCACAAGCCACCAACGGAACCGCGAUCACGGUGGAGGUCACCAACGCGACCACGACUAUGGCGGUCACUAACGCAACUGAGCCAACUACGACAACAACGACAACCACAGAGGCUCCCCCGUCAGUCAUUGCUGUGCUGCACUGCAACGUGAAAAUCGAGAUGGAACAUCAGUCCUGGAUGUCGCUGAAAGUCACGGAGCAGUAUCAGAGGCUGAGCAGCAGCGUCGUAACGGCUGUGAGCGAACCGCUUCGGUCCAAGUUCGGUGACGCCUUCCUGGGAGUGGAAGUGAUCGGCCUGCAUGGCUCGGUGAUUGUCGACCUCGACGUCACCGUGCAGACCAACGAGACGGACGCGGCCAACGUGGACAGCGUGCGCCUGGCGGCUGACACGACCAAGGCGCUGCAGACAGUGAUAGACGCCGAGGGAUUGACAUUCGACCCAGAAGCAGCCAUGGCCAGCGAGGACAUUGACGUGAUGAUGCCGACUACCACCCCUGCACCCACUGCUGACCCGUACCAGUCCAGCAUUAUCCUGCUGUGGAUGCGCGCUCCCAAUGCCAACUAUACAGAGGAGAUGAACGACUCGUCAUCGGCCAUCUUCGAGGAAAUGAACAAGGAUGUCGACAGAGGGAUCAAAGAUAUGCUGAUAAAGAAGUACCCGCCGAAGGAUUGGAAUGUAACGGCCGAGAUGGAGCACAUUUGGAACGACACGGAAAAGGGACUGUGGAUCCGGUUCGCGGUCAGUGUCUCGCCCCAGAUGCCGAACACCACCGAGGUGGUCACCAAACUCGGCAAGAACUACGUCUACUUCAACCGGAUAGGCAAUCUUCAGAUCGACCCGGCCUCGUUCAGGUUCAAAGACUUGACUACGUACGCUCCCGGUCUGGGCGUGGUCAUCAUGGAUGAAGAAUACCGAAAAGAAAUGAGGAAGACCCUUUUCAACGGCUCAUACGUGGGGGAUUACACGACGGCUCGGCCGACGCUGCGACCCAUUGUGAAGCGGCACGCAGGCUACGUCACCGGCAUCGCGGUGCCAGCCUUUCUCGGAAUGCUGGGGGCGGUUGGCGUGCUGCUGGUCUGCACUACAAUCGCCGGCCCCAAGUGAACAGAGCGAUGGUGAGACGUGACCG